AUGUCACAGUGCAGUUAUUCCUUGGCCUUGGACCCUCAAGUUGGGGCAUGGGGCAGGAAGGUGGGGCAGGUGGGAUCACACCCAGACCGAUUUCCCAUUGUGGGCGACAGAUGCGCAUUGCGGUCGGGUCAGUCACCCUCUGUCGCGGACCCUGUCCUGCCUCCUCCACCACCCAUCCACUUUGAUUAUCCGCAGUUCCAUCCAAACCACCACGCCAUCAAACCGCCCAGACAAAGGGCCGGCGGCGGCUCACCAUGGCAUCCGACCGCGACAAGGACGCUGACAAGUGACUGGACGUGGGGUGAACCGCGCGGGCUCCACGCUACACCACAAACACAAUCGCGAUUGUAUCACGGCUACCGGUCAGCGGCGCACACACCAUACCCGCCCCGUACCGCCGCAAACCUUUCCUCCAACGUCUCUUUACUUCCCGAGUCGACUCGUCGCACACUCUCCGACACUAUGGAGCUGCUUUGGUCCUCCAACCCCAUCGUCGUUGUCCCUCACGGACACUGCCACUCGCGCCCAGAGAUCAUCCAGAUGUGCCGGAUGCGUGAUGGGCUCUCUGGCGCGACGCUUCUCAGGCCCGCCAUCGUUGGUAACUGCGUAGGCUGGGACAUUCGGACGGAUGAUGCCGAAUCGCUCGAGACAGCCCCCGAUCCACAGCGGAGGAAUCUGCGAGAAAUCUUGAGCCCUUAUCCUCAACCACUAUGGCUCUACCGUGUCUCGCAGGUAGUAUCGAUUUGUCUGCGCACCCAACCGCCACCUGGUGCCUGGCAACUCCUGGUCGCGGCACGGCGAGACCUGCUGGAAAGGGAUGAUGCUCCAGGAACAACAAAUGGCAUGGACGGCUGCGCGAUACAUUCUUGCGAGCGCAGCACCGAAAAUCUGUCAAGGAUUAGAAACAUUUGA